UCCACCUAGCUAACCAUGGCGGCUCGCUCUGCUUCCACUCUCUUCUUCCUUUUAUGCCUAUCAAUAUCAUCCAUCACUUUCCUACUUUCGUCUGUUCAUGCUCAAGCUCAAUCUCACACUUUCAAUUACUGUGAUGGGAAUGCAGACUAUGAUGUGAAGGUGAGUGGAGUGGAAAUAUUACCUGACCCUGUCGAGAGAGGAGUGCCCUUCACCUUUAAGAUCCCAGCUUAUACUCCUGAACCAAUUCAAAGUGGCGACUUAGUAUAUGAAAUUUCAUAUGCUGGAAUAGAAGGGGCACCUGCUACAUUUCUCCAUGAUCUCUGUGAGGAAGCACACUGUCCGGUUCCUGCAGGCAACUUUGUGCUCGUCCACACCGAAUUAUUGCCUCCAGUUACCCCACCGGGGACCUAUAAUGUGAAGCUGACAUUUAAGGAUCAUAAGGAGAAGCUGUUAACUUGCAUCGUGUUUCCCUUCAAAAUCGGUGCUAAAUCUUCUGUCUCUGCUAUCUAACUAAAACUCUCCAGCUUGCGCUAAGCUGCUCUUAGAUGCUACUACCUCAACUUUGAGUCAUUUUGUUGUUUACGGUCUAGUUUAGUACUUUUCAUGUGAACUAGUGAAGUGCCUUGCUGUGUUGUUUAACAUUCCGUCUUCAAUAAAUUUCGACAUUUAAAAGUCCUAAUAGCCAGUGCCACAAGAACAAAUUUAAUGUGAAA